AUGAGUGAUUUCUUCAAUAAACACAUAAAGAAAACAACGGCUCGCACAAAAGAAAAGCUACUCGAAGGACUCGGUAGAAAUAAAGCCACACAAGAUGAAGCCUUUGAUUUCCAUGUGAUCAAUCUGCAAAAACAGUCAAAAGCUUGCGAAAGAUUGUUUAAAGAUCUUAAGACUUACUCAACGACAUUGAAAGAGUUGAAUAAAGCGGAGAAGACAUUGCGUGAAUCGAUUCGCGAACUUUAUGAAGAGGAGUGGCCAAAUAGGCCAAAUGUUUGCGCUAUCACUCAGUCAUUGGAUUGUCAAGGAGAUGAGCUUGAAAGGACAAUUUGUGAAGAUAUUGUUGGCUCGGUCAGCCAAUACGUUGCACAAUUCGGCGAUUUGAAGAAAAAGGUGGAAAAGCGAGGACGGAAACUCGUCGAUUACGAUUCAGCUAGAAAUAGCUAUAAUUCAUUGAAAGAAAGCAGUAAAAAGGCAGAGACUGAUCCAAAAAUGGCAAAAGCGACGACUGAAUUACAGCAAGCGGAAACUUUAUAUAAGGAGAUAAAUGGAGAACUUUUAGAGAUUCUCCCAGCCACUUUUGAUAGUCGAAUCACGUUUGUCGUUGAUAAUCUCCAAUUGUUGUUUAAUGCUUUGGCCACUCAGGAAACCGAGGCUGCAAAGUUUCACAAGCAAUUGGUGGGUCAAUUGGAUCAAUUGGGUCAAUCGAUGGAUUCUUUGAGAGUGGCUCGUCCAAUCAGUCGAGUCGAUUCCCCUCCCGAUAAUCAGCUCUCGGCUCCUACCAUUGAACGCCGGAGUCCAUCACCGAGUGCUUCUAUUGAACGAAAUGGAGAUUCAACGCGUCAGAGCAUUGCUUCGGUGGCAAGUGACAAAGUGCCGAGCAUAAAAGAGAUGCGAGAGGAAGCGAGUGAAGAAGAGCAAGUCCAGAACAAAGUUUAUCCAAAACUUGGCUCAACUCCAAAUCCAGUGGCAACACCGAGAAGUGAAGAUAAAGAGAAAAGAAUUCAACAGAAACGUGAAAAAGAUCCAACAAAUCCAUUUGAUGAAUCUGAUGACGAGCAUCACGAAGAGGAGAAACCACGAAAAGUGCUCAACUUUGUGCAAGCCACUCACAAGUACGCACCGCAAGACGAAGAUGAGCUUUCAUUUGGGCCUGGCGAUAAAAUAAAGGUUUUGGAAACAUUCGAGAAAGAUCAAAUGGACGAUGGAUGGUUGAUGGGAGAAAAAGAUGAUGGAUCAAAAGGAGUCUUUCCAGCAAAUUUCACCAAAAUAAUCGAA